AUGUUCGGUCCUUUCAAGCUCACCUCGCCCCUGUCCGGCGGCCUAUUAUGGAAAAUCCCCUGGCGCCUCUCGCGCCCCCAGAAACUACGCCACCGGCAGCGCCUGCAACACGUCGACGCGGUGGUCGCGACGGUAGACCGCGCGCUCGCGAAGCAGUUCCUCAGCACCAAGGGGCUCGAGCGGUGGAAGGCGGAAAUGCCGACCGAGGCGGAGAUGCUGCCCAAGGACAAAUACACCAUCUUUGACCGCAAGGCGAAGAAGUAUCGGAAGGGGAUUCAUAGUACGUUUUUGCUGGUGCUUUUUUUGGGGCAGGGGCGUGGGAGGGGGUUUUCCGAGCCAGCUGGCUGGUGGAGUAUAGAUUGGGCAGAAGCUGGUGGACAUUGGAGGAAGAGGCUGACUUUGCGGUGUGUGUGCAGAACUACCAAAGUGGACGAGGGUGUCGCAGCGACUCAACCCGCCGGGUUACUGAACUUCUGA